UUUUUUUUACAGUCGGCGGCACGUAGAGAAUCUACUUUUUACAGGAGUGUACCUGAGUUGAAACGUAACGAUAAUCCAGAUGAUGGAAUUAAGAUGCCACCCACUCUAUCUAUUCAACCCGAAGCAUUUAAUUGUUAUUACAGGGCUGACUGCUUUAGAUUGUUGGUUAUUGAACCUAAUUGCUCCAAUGGCUUUUUGACAAAAAGUGAUAGAAAAUAUUCUAAAGUGUCCCUGGUUGUGAUGGACUGUGUACAAAAAGCCAAAGAAACAAAUAAACGUCAAACUGCUAUUUUCUGGAUAUGGAAUUCUGAAAAGAAACUACGCAAAGAGAUAACAAGAUGCAGAUACAAAACAAGAUGUUAUGUGCCACAAUUUGCAGUGAACAGCUUUUCAAACUAUCAAAAUUGGAUUGAUGUUAUGUUGUUUUCAAACACAUCUUUUCUUGGCUUGGUUUCUUUCAAGAUGGCUUCAAAUGAUCCAGAUAAGACUUUAGAAUAUCAUGAGCACCGUGUUACAAAGAACAAAACACCAGCUAGAAUCUUAAAAACAAGUAGUUUUGAUAAAAAUGACAGCCCCCUCCUUAGACAGAAUGAAGGUAUAUUGGCAUUUAAUUUAAGUCAGAAAGUGCAAUACAGAAAUAUGAUGAACAAUACUGUAAAUAGAAACUCCAAUUUACUGAAAAAACAAAUCUCCUUAACCAGUUUGAGUACAUUUUUACUUAAAGUUAAUAUGUCAAAUACAAAUGUAAUUACUAAUGAAGAAAGAAAAAAUGACUCAAAGUUAAGUAACUUGUUUGCUGAAAAUAAAAAUAAAUCUUUAAAUCAUCUAAAUAAAACAGUACUGUUUGAGAAAAAAUACAAAAUAUUAAAUAACAGCAAACACCCUUUAAGUCAUAGGAAAUAUAAAAACCAAGAAAAGUUGUUUAAAAGAAAGUUCUCAAUACAUUCUAAAAACUGGAAAAGUGUACAGCAUCUGAACAAGCUUGCACUUGGCCUGUUUGAUAACACCAGAAAACAAACUGACAUAAACAAAAAAAUUUCACGAAAAAAGCGCAGAGCUAGCGUUGAUGAAGCAAAUGAUUUAGCAAUACUCAUGCAAGAUGAAAGCCCUUACGACAAAGAAAAAAUCACAGAAAUGGUGGCUGAAGACUUUGUGAACACUGAAGGUAUGGAGAACCCUUUGGUUUCUCCUGUUGGUUCUUCCUUUCCUGGGAGGAGACAUUCUAACCCAAACAUCUUGGGCAACUCCUUUGACUUUGAAGCAGUGGUUAAAGAAAUAAAAGGGGUGAAGGACAAUGAAGAAAAUUCUAGACUGGACGGUGCAGUUGUACUGCGAGGAGAUCCUAGUGCGUCUGCUGAUAUGAAAGCGAAUGCAGAUGAUUUUCAUCUACGAAGACUGAAAGGUGAUAUAACUAAAAAGGAGAAACAACUAGCUGUGGCAGAAGCAGAGCUUAGACAUGCAGAGGGUGAAUAUGCUGCUAACACUAAUGAUAAGCCAGUUGUAGCUGAAACCUUAGCAAAACGUAAAGUCGAUGCAGAGGAUACUGUUAAGAAACUCUCAGAACAUUUGCACAAGUUGAAGGAUGAAUACAAGCAGUAUAAGCAAACAGCAGAAUCAGGGCCAAAGGGUACAAAGAGAAAACUACAUGGACUAGUUGUGAUUGAUCCCAUGUGGGGUGACUGGUCACCAUGGAGCAAAUGUUCAGCUGAUUGUGGGGAUGGGGGAUUUAGUGUGAGGAGACGUGACUGCGACACCCUCCCUGAUGUGCCAUGUGAGGGCAUCAACUUUGAUAUGAGACCUUGCAAUGCUGGACUCAAGUGUGAAGCACAAUGGCAGGACUGGGGCAACUGGGGUCCGUGCUCAGUGUCCUGUGGUAAAGGUGUGAGAGCACGCAGUCGUGUCUGCAUGUCUGGUGACAAGGAUGUGUCCUGUGCUGGAGAGUCAUCUAAGCUGGAAAAAUGUGAAAUCCCUAUCUGUGAGGGUCCCGUGGAAGUUAUAGCUGUCAAUCCAAAGGAUGCUGUGGGAGACAGCCAGUUCGUUGCUUCACCAAGUGGGGACAAUGUCUUUCUACUGGGUGCAGGUGCAGGGGUGGAUGCAGGGAGUGCCAGAAGUUUUCACGGCAUCCCCAAAGCCCCAUCUGUUAUUGCUAGCCCACGGAGUGAAAAGGCUACUCUCUUACAACCUUAUGCUUGGAGUAUCUGGGGCCAGUGGUCCACAUGUUCUAAAAACUGUGGUGAAGGGCAAGAAAUGCGAGUGCGAGCUUGUUUGGAUGAAUCAAAGACAUCCCCCAUCCGUGUCAAAGUAAAACACUGUACGGGUGGUGUUGACUCCCAGACCAGGGCUUGUAUGGGCCAGUGUAAUAAUAUGCCAUAUGAAGCUGCAGCAUCAGGGGCUGUUAUAAAUGAAUAUGAUGAGUUGCGUGAUGGAGCUGUUGUCAUAGAGAGAGAUAAAUCUGUUGGACCUAAAGUUGUAGCUAAUCAACCUGAGGCUGAUGUGGAUGAUCUCCCUUCCAAUAGUGUUAUUCUUGAAACAGAUAAAGGUCCAGUAGUGGUUCAGGCAGAGAAUUCAGAGUUGUCCACAGAGACCAUCGUCUUCAUUGUCCUUCUAGUGCUCUGUGUGCUUCUGAUUAUUGUUGCAUUCUGCAUUUGGUUCUACUCCAGGAUUGAAGACUCCCGUUUAAACAAAAAACUGGCGUCCACACAACCAUUUUACAAAGAAGAUCACGAUGACCACGGCAAUGAUGCUAAAGGACCGGUUUAUGGUUAUAUUAAACCUGUCAUCAAAGGUGACGGCGGAAACCCUGUUCCAGAAACACAAUUGGGAGAUCACUCCGGCGAGUUAACUAAACUGAAGUCUAAGAUUAACAAACUUAGAGUUAGGGGCCAUGAUGAGCAGGCAGCCAGAGAGCAAGGGAGGUUAAAGAGAAUGCAGAAAAGGAUAAGGUCUUAGC